AUGGCCUUUUCACCUGUCCCUCCUGCACGUUCCUACUCAGGCGUAGGUCCCAAGCAGCCACGGAAACAGGGUGGCUGGGUGACGAAUUGCUGUGCGUUGCUGACCUACAGCAGACAAGAGCUUCUGGACAUCUGGACUCACAACUCCAACAGUUUUAUCGCCGAUCUCCGACUCAUCCCAGAGAUCUCCAGAACACCGGAGGCUGCCCACUCUCCCCGGCUGGGCGGAAGUGCACACAGACGGCGCCGAGAUCGUAAACAAAGGCGAGGUCAGUCCAAACCUCCAGCAGAUCUUCAAAAUUACGCUUCUUCUGUGUCUCUGAGUUGUGUUGAUGAUGAAGGAGAGACAGCUGAUGGGUGGAAGGUGAUGAUAACAACAGAUGACUACAGUUAUGACUGUGCUGACAGUCUAAGCUUGCAUGGAUAUGGUGUGGGAUAUUACUCUUUCUGUAUUCUGGAUUCAUUCUUCUCCUCUGAUCCUCUUUACUUCUGUGAAAACUCGUCUGGACAGCAGAGCGAUGAAGUCUCCAUCAGCAUUUCAGAUAGAAGUGUGAUCCUGGAGAUCCCUGCACUUCCUGUGAGGGCAGGAAGUAAUGUCACGCUGCGCUGCAGAAACCACAGGGGUUCAAAGGUUGAAGCUUAUUUCUUCAUUAAUGGGAGUCAUGUUGGAGCUGAACACAAGUCAGAGCUCAUCAUCACUAAUGUGCAGAAGUCUGAUGAAGGCGUCUACUCGUGUUCUGUCGGCGUAGAUGAAGAAUCUCUUAAGAGCUUUCUGAGGGUCAGAGAGCCUGCUGUCACCCCUUCUUCCUCCCUCGUCCCCUUUUCUUCCUCCCUUCCUCCUCCUCCUCACUUUUGUCUGUACUGA